UUAAACACCCUAUCGUCAACAGUCUAGAAAAUCUUCACGUCGAGGACUAUUUAAACAAAGCACUGUGAAAUAACUUGUGAGAAAAGGACUUCUUACCAUAGUAUCGACGCUUAAAGUUUCAGUCACUCUACCUUUGCCAACCAACUGAAGGAAAUUCUUUCUCUGACAAUGUCCUCGUGCGUGCCGAACAACGGAACCAGUGGCACUUCGUACUCGUUCGUUCCUGAACCAGAAGCCUUGCGAAUUGUUCGCACCGUGGUUUUGAGCUUGUUAGUGGUGUUUUCACUCAUUGGAAACUCGGUCGUGUGUCGGGCCGCGUGGAGACAGCGCGAAGCUAAACCGUUUGCUUAUUACCUCGUCAGCAAUUUGGCUUUUGCCGAAAUUCUCGGCUCAGUUUGCGUGGCGUUCCGAGUCCAUGCCGAUGAACCGCCUUGGUCUUGGAAACUUGGUCCUGUUAUGUGCAAGAUCGUGGAUCCUUUGCAAGUAGCAAGUCUUCUGGUCGUCACAACAACCUUGGCCACCCUUGCUGUCUAUCGCUGUCUUGUUCUCAUUAAGCCCCUCAUCACCAAACCAACCAGCAGACAAAUUCGUUGUUUGAUUAUUGUCACCUGGGUGGGGUCUAUUGUGAUAUCGAUUCCUUCAUCAGUUUUUCGUGUUGUGAACGUGUAUAGGAUAAACUGUGUUGACUAUCACAUAUGCGAAGAAAUAUUUCCAGCGGGUUAUUACCAUUACCAGAAUACUUACUCCAUUUUCAUCUUCGUUAUCAACUUUGCACUGCCACUUUUGAUAAUGGCGGUGUCCUACGCUUUGGUCAGCAAGAAGAUCAGGGAACAUAUCUUUGUUAUCACCAGGCUCCGAGACGCGCAGAGCAAAGCUAUGUCAUCAGCUUGUUCGUCCACAUGCGUAGGAGAUACAGAUGGUGCCGGAACUAGCGACAAAACUGGGGCAGGAGAAAACCAGGAAAAUAUCGAGAUAGCCGACAUGCCAACAAACAGAAAGACAAAUACAGGCUCUCCAAGCAGAAACGUGGGAAAAAACAGGGAAAAUGACAAACCCCUGAUGCCCAGCAGCAACCAAUCUCCAAGGAACAACAAAGCCAGCAUUGACCUGGAAAAUGACCUACUAAAGAUGGUUUUUGUGAUCGUGCUGGUAUUUAUAGUUUGUUAUAUUCCUUACCAAAUUCAGUUCCUUUUGUUUGAGUUGGAAGUGGAGUCGUUUACACAAUGGACCCAUCGCUACGCUUUUACCAGGUUUGUUUUUACUUUGACAAACUUACCAAGUGCUCUGCAUCCUGUGUUCUACGGAACGAUGAGUAAUUUCUAUCGCAGAGCGUUCAUUAAAAUGAUUUCGUGUCGGGCAACAAAUUGAUCCAUACAAGUCGCUACAAUUAUCAAUUCGUUUUAACCCAAAACCGAUGUGUCUAACCAAUUAACCCUGCUUUCGAAUUAUCUUUAACACAAUUAAUUAUAUGCGUCAACUCAAAAACGAAAACAAAAGGACAAAGAAAAAAAUAAAAAUUAUGAUGAUUUUUACCACAUCGGGAUCCAAAGAGGAUCAAAGGCGGCUACUUUUUGUGAUAAAUUGAAUCAAUUCAAGAGUGAAUAGUGCAGUCAAGCGGC